CUGAUAUUUUACAUGUUUUUCACUGUUAUAUUGUGUACUUUUGGUGUUAUAGUUGUAUCAUGCAAAUUUGUUAUAUGCAUGGAUUCAUUUGGCCAAAUUUUGAAUCAUUUUUUUCCAAUAUUGGUGUGAUCUUUGACAUAAGAUUUUUUGCUUUGGUUUUGAUUUGAGCUUCUCUGUAUAUGUAAGCCAUUUUAUGUAGGCUGUGUAUUGUAUGUCUAUAUACUGCCUACACAUACACUGUACUUGGUGCUCACCAUUCAUGUUCAUUCAGCUUUAAAGGCUAUUGUAUUGUUCAAGUAAGUAAUUGAUCCUAGCAUUACAAUCAGCUAUUGAGACUUUGGUUCAUCUUUUACAUUCUAUUUACUGCUCAAAUCUCAACUGCAGCUGUGCCACAUCAUGUACAUGAACAUGGAUAUCUUCACACUUCAGUAUCCUGGAUUCAUUGCAAGUACUUGAAACACCGCCAGCCAUAUUACCAGAAUUCAACGGCAACAUUCCAGUUCCAGUUAUUGAAGUCCGGCGACGUCAACCCCAACCCAGGACCAACAACCGAAAACGCUCCUGGAGAGUAUUUUGCCCGUAAGCUACAUGUAUCUGCGAGUACAUCUUACAAUGGAACUAAUGGACGAAUUGUUUAUGACAGAGAUUUUCUUCUGCAGUGUAACCCUGCAUGGAAACAUUACAAUCCUGAGGUGGUUACAAAUGGACUAUCGAACAUUGCUCACAAAACAACGAAGAACAGGGGCAUGCUCCAUGAGAAUUUAUGGCUUCGGAUCAAAGAACUUGGCAUCCAGACACGUUUUCGAGCAGUCUAUGUCAGACUCCAUCAUGGAGACCAAACCCGAUAUCCUCUAGGUUGAUGACGUCUUCGGAAUAUGAGAUGGAAGAGGAGCCUAGAGCGAGGUCAAGAGUCAUCUCUGUGGAACCUGUUGUGUUUCUGAGUCUAGCCGUCCAAGGUGUGCUGUUCAACAUUCGCACCCAGUAUGUUGAGGCUCGUCUGGCUGCUGAAUAUAACUACACGCUACCUGAGGCAGGGAACUGUUCCUUAGCGAAUAAGUCAGCUGAUGCUACAGGUAAAGAGAUAGAGUCUGAGACCUCAUUAUGGGUCAUGUACAUGUGCUGGGCAUCAGUCUUUUUCCCUAUUUUCACUGGAACGAUCCUGAUCGCUGCCUCUGACAUCGUCGGCCGGAAACCCAUCCUGAUCAUCAAUGCCUUUGGCCAUCUUCUCGCCGCGACCAUCUUCAUGCUCGUCGCCUGGCUGCACCUCCCGCUCAUCGUCGCCGUGGCGGCAGAAUGCAUCAUUGGUCUUGGCGGAGAUUCCGCCGUCUCCAUAAAUGUGUCGUUCGCGUAUAUCGCAGACACGAGCACCGCAAAGUCGCUGGUCAACAAAUACACAAUCCUCUCAUUCAUGAUUUACAUCGGAUUCGGUGGGAGUCAAAUCCUGGUUGACCUCAUCUUGCAGAAUACGGGGAACUACAACCUCACGUUUGGUUGCGCGUGGGUAUUCGCCUUCCUUUACGUCCUUAACGUCUCAAUCCCGGGCAUCUUACUCGAAAGUGUGAAAAAUCACACAAAGUUUAAGGUAGUCGCAACAGUCAAGGGCCUCCUAAAAAGUUUUGUCCGUCUUGUAUCGGUAUCAGAGGACAAGAGACAGUCAAGAUUGGUGCUCCUAGUUUUCAUAAAAAUGGUUUUCUUUCUAAUCAACGAGGCUAUCUAUGCUGUUAUAACCAUCUAUGGGAUUGGUCAACCGUUUUGUUGGUCACCCACUAUGGUCGGGAUCUACAAUGUCAUUGUGAAUGCAUGUCCUGCUUUUGUUGCCAUGGUGAUGAUCAAGCCGUUACUAUUCUGUAUGUCUGGCUACAUCAUAAUGCAGGUUGGCUUUCUCUCUGGUAUUGCUAUACUUAUUGUGUCAGCCACCGCAAAGACCUCGAAUAUUCUAGUUUAUGCGGUUGUAGCUGUUGGUUCGCUGAGGACGAUUCCUAAUUCACUAGCAGAUUUCUUCCUCUCCAAGAUGGUCUCCAAAGAUGAGCAAGGGACAGCCUUGGCUCUGCUUUCGAUCACAUCAUCAAUUGGUAAAAUGCUGUCACCGAUCCUGAUGAAUGCUGUCUACGCCAAGGCUGUUCUCCUUGACUUCCCUCAACUUACGUUCUACCUUGCCGCAGCCAUCUACCUCAUACCCAUAAUCUUAACAGCAAUUUUACAGUUUCUCAGUCAUCCCUAUGAUAGGAAUGAUGAGCAGAUACAAGGAAAGAUAGAAGAACGGAAAGCACUGAUGGAAGAUUACCAGAUGGAUGAUAUUAACCCUAUCUAGGCCGGGGGGGGGGCCUCGGAGG